AUGCUGAAGGUUAGAUGCAACGUUGGCGUCGCUUUCACCAGCGCUGCAGGACUGCCGCACUGUUCAAGGGAUGACGGAUGCUUGAGCCUCUCCGACCUUUCUUGCCUGGCCCUUGGCAACAGGCUGGAAAUAUAUAUCAGCCGCGAUGGUCCCAGAAAUAGGCCUUCGUUUUAA